UUCCUUAUACCUUAAGCUCCCACCUUUCUCUCUCUACUGUAAACAAAUUCUCUCUCUUCUCAUCCAUGGCCGCCGGUCGUCGGAAAAUGCAUUCCGGGCACUUCCCCAUGGAAUCCGGCAAGUAACGCCGAUCAAACCCCAUUUUCACUUUCUUUAACUGAUAUCAAUGGCGUUGAUUUCUGUAAAUAAGAUUCUUCUGUUUACUCUGUUUUUUGCUUUGUUCAUUAACUGGGUUGAUUCUGAUAUCACUCAAGAAAAACAAGCUUUACUUGAUUUCAUUUCACAAAUUCGUCAUGAAAAUCGACUUCAAUGGAACCCAAAUCAAUCUGUCUGCAAUUGGGUUGGUGUCGGUUGUGAUUCAACUCAAUCAUCGGUUCUUUCUCUCCGACUUCCCGGCGUUGGUCUUGUCGGUUCAAUUCCAUCUAAUACACUUGGAAGAUUAUCUCAGCUAAGAGUACUCAGCCUACGUUCUAAUCGUCUCUCCGGUCAGAUUCCUUCUGAUUUCUCCAAUUUGAAGUUCCUUAGGAGCAUCUAUCUGCAGGAUAAUAUGUUCUCCGGCGGAUUCCCGACUAGUUUAACUGAAUUGAUUCGCCUGAAUCGAAUAGAUCUCUCCCAUAACAACUUCACCGGAUCUGUACCUUUUUCACUCAACAAUUUGACUCAUUUGACUGGUCUUUUCUUAGAAAACAAUGGGUUUUCUGGAAAUCUACCCAGUAUUAACUCAGAAAGCUUAACAGAUUUCAAUAUCUCGAAUAAUAAUCUCAAUGGAUCGAUACCCACUUCCCUAUCGAAGUUUCCGGCGUCAUCAUUCGCCGGAAAUAUCGACCUCUGCGGCGGUUCAUUACAGCCAUGUAACCCAUUCUUCCCUUCCCCAUCUCCAUCUCCAACGUCGCCGGAGAAGCAAAUAAAGAAAACCCACAAAAAGCUCUCGACAGCCGCCAUUGUAGCUAUAUCAAUCGGAGCUGGCGUCAUUUUCCUGUUACUACUCUUAAUCCUAGUUAUCUGCUUCCGCCGGAAACAGAACAAUCGCGAUCCUUCAACUACCCCAAAACCGCCGGUAACAGCUCGAUCCAUUCCUGCUACAGGGAUGGAAGCUGGAACGUCGUCGUCAAAGGACGAUGUCACCGGUGGAUCGACUGAAGGAGGGGAGAGAUCAAACAAACUAGUGUUUGUCGGCGGCGGCGGUUACAGUUUCGAUUUAGAAGAUCUCCUCAGAGCGUCGGCGGAAGUUUUGGGUAAAGGUAGUAAUGGUACAUCGUAUAAAGCUGUUCUUGAAGAAGGCACAACUGUUGUUGUUAAACGUUUGAAAGAUGUCGUGGCGACUAAGGAUUUCCAAACGCAAAUGGAGAUUCUGGGUAAGAUUAAACACGACAAUGUACUGUCUUUGGUUGCUUAUUACUAUUCAAAGGAUGAAAAAUUGCUUGUUUAUGAAUACAUGCCCGCCGGUAGCUUAUCAGCUCUUCUUCACGGUAGCAGAGGAUCCGGGCGAACCCCAUUGGAUUGGGAUAGUCGAGUUCGAAUAGCAACAGGGGCUGCGAAGGGUUUAGCUCAUUUACAUGAAUCAGGAAAAGUGGUUCAUGGGAACAUAAAAGCAUCAAAUGUUCUUCUCCGACAAGAUCAGGAUUCAUGCAUAGCUGAUUUCGGUCUCGCCCCACUCUUUGCAGCCGUGCCACCGAACAGAAUUGCAGGGUAUCGUGCUCCCGAGGUAAUGGAGACAAGGAAGGCAACAUUCAAAUCCGAUGUUUACAGUUUUGGUGUUCUACUUCUCGAACUUCUAACUGGUAAAUCGCCAAAUCAAGCUUCAUUAGGAGAUGAAGGUGUUGAUCUACCAAGAUGGGUACAAUCAGUUGUUAGAGAAGAAUGGACUGCUGAAGUUUUCGAUGUUGAAUUGAUGAGAUAUCAUAACAUUGAAGAAGAAAUGGUUCAAUUGCUUCAAAUUGCAAUGACAUGUGUUUCGCCUGUUCCUGAUCAAAGGCCGGCUAUGGUGGAUGUUGUUCGUAUGAUUGAAGAGAUGAACAGAGGUGAGAUUGGCGGCGAUGGUUUACGGCAGUCGUCGGACGGGCAAACGCCGGCGAGGAAGUCAAAGAGUUCACCACAAGAGGUUACACCUUAAAAAGACAUUUUGUUUUUUUGCCGGUGGGAUGUUUGUUUACCGGCAUCCUUAAAAUGCGCGGGGUGCGUAAUGAACUGGGACUUUUGAUUGGUGGGGAUUUCAACUUCCAAUCUUGUUUUUAAUAGUAUUUAAUAUUUUUUAUUUUGAGGUAAAAAAAAAUUGUGCAUGAAUUCUUCUAUAUAUUAGUCAGGUUUGAGUGGUUGUAAUUGUUCUUUUCCUUUUGUGUUUUUGUGGGUUGUGGACUUAAGAAAAUAGAAGAUGGUUGGUGGUCUAUUUUGAAA